AAAGAGGAAAGGGUGAAAGAGAGGAACGGAAGGAAAGGGAAAGUGUAUAGGACAGAGGGAAAGGGAGUGGGAGAGCCCAGAGUCAAUAAUAUCACCCAAGUAGAAGCUAACUCUGUAGCAGAAGAUAAAGACCAUCAAGAAAGUCUGAGGCAGUAG